UACUUAUCCCUGGCUUUGGAGAGGAGCAUCCAACAUGGAUUCCAUGGUCAAGUCAGUAUUUGUUCUCCUGGUGGCUACCUCAUUGUCCCUGGCCAAAGAUCCCUCUCCGAAAGGCAAGCCGGCUACAAAACCCGAUCGGCCUCAAACCCUCUCCAGAGGGUGGGCUGACAACCUGGAAUGGGUGCAGACCUAUGAGGAAGCCUUAUUCAAAGCCAAGGCAGGAAAUAAGCCUUUGAUGGUUAUUAAUCACAGAGACGAUUGUGAACACUCACAAGCCCUGAAGAAAGCAUUCGCUGAGCACAAAGGAAUCCAGAAAUUAGCUGAAGAAUUUAUCCUUCUCAAUGUUGUUUAUGACCCAACAGACAAAAAUCUGCUCCUGGAUGGACAGUACGUGCCAAAGAUUGUAUUUGUUGAUCCCUCCCUCGUGGUCAGAGCCGAUAUUCCCGGGAAAUAUUCCAACCACCGCUACACCUACGAGCCCAGUGACAUCGAACUGCUUUUCGAGAACAUGAAGAAGGCCAAGAUUCUCCUGAAGACGGAGCUGUAGAGACCUUCACUCUUUAUAAUCACGUUUAUAGAUAGAUUCAAUAUUCCUAUUAUGGAUGUGUCAGUAAUAAUGUAUUUAACUUCACAGCUAACCUCCAGAUUUAGUGGCCUUUGAAGGGAGAAUUUUGUUUUUUCGACUAUGUUCAUGUUUUCUUCAUCUUUUAUAAAUAAAUCAA